AGGAUAUUCAAACGGCUUCGGUCUGCUCGGGUCUGGAGCAGUGCCAGUCAAAGAUCUCACUGUUCGGCGCUAGCGCUGACAUCGCCGCUGCGGACGCGACAAAGUUCUUCUCGUCAGAGAGAGCCGAUCGGACGGCAGAAUAUAUAAAAAUCGUCUGGCACGGUCCGGCGUAAGUACUCUCGACGGAGCCAUAGCGAGAGCUCGUCAGGUGGUCGACGCACAUACAAUCCUUGUUGAUCGCUCUUCUCGAUUGCACUCUAGGCGUCAUGACUCGUGUAGGAGAAGGCAAGACGUUCGAUCUCGUCGGCGUCGGAUUUGGGCCUUCCAACCUAUCCAUUGCGAUUGCUAUUGCUGAGCACAAUGCUCGGAUCGAUGCUGGCACCAUCAAAGCAAACGAGUCCACUCGUCGAAUCGAAGCCUGUUUCAUCGAGGGACACGAGCGAUACCUAUGGCAUCCGUCGAUGAUGAUCCAGGGAUCGAUCAUGCAGAUUUCCUUCCUCAAGGACUUUGUUACAAUGCGCGAUCCAACGUCGCACUACUCAUUCCUCAAUUACUUGAAUCACAACAACCGUCUGGCCACAUUUAUCAACCGCUCCACCUUUGCGCCAAGUCGGCGCGAAUAUGCUGACUACAUGGCAUGGUGUGCCAACGAAGUCACCAAGCCAUCUCGACGGAACAAUAAGGAUAUUCCGUCCGGCAUCAGCGUGGCUUACGGCGAAUACGGUGCUGGCGUCAAGGCCAUCUACUCUGCCAAUACGGACAGCGAUAUCGAGGUCCUCGAGGUCGAAUCGACUGUUGCGGGAUCGCCGCCUGGCCCUGACGAGCAGCGCGUGAAGCGACGCGCGCGAAAUCUGCUCAUCUCGCCGGGCGGCUCGCCAUCAUACCCGUCCUCGCUAGCGCAUCUUGCCACAUCCGAUCCUUCGACUUCGUCAGAAAGGAUCAUUCACUCAAGUCAGUACCUGUCGAAAGUCGAAGGCUUGCUAAAGAUCGCACGAUCGUCUUUCGCGGCGCGGUCCCGCGACGAGCAAACUGGUGGCGAGCCUAAGCAGCUCAGAGUAGCAGUCAUUGGCGGUGGUCAGUCGGCAGCAGAGAUAUUCCUCAAUCUGCACACUCAGUUAGAUGACCUCAUCGCUCAGCAUCCGGAGAUCAGCAAGGAUGCGCAGCCUCAGGUUGAUCUCAUCAUCCGACGAGGAGCCUUGAGACCAUCGGACGACAGCCCGUUCAGCAACGAGGUCUUUGAUCCUGCAAUGACUGACUUUGUUUAUGGCGUCGGCGGCAAGCCAAAGGAUCAAGGCCUCACGAGCGCAGUCGGCCUCGGCAAUCAAGCCAGGCCACCUGUCAAGCAAUGCGAGGAUAGUGAUCGUGUCAAUGAAUGGACAAACGAGCGUUCUGGGCAAGAAAAGCGCGACGUCGUCUUGUCAGAGGCCAAGGCGACCAAUUACGCCGUCGUCAACCCUGUCACAUUAGAAGCAAUUUACGAGAAGAUGUACGAGGCGCGAGUAGAAGAAGACAUUCGGGCAACCGGCAACUCUUACGCCUCGGAAGAGAAGAAGCAAUCAAUCAUGAGCAUUCUGCCAUACAGAGAUAUCCUAGAUGCUACGGACUCGGAUAAAGGCAUAAAGAUCACUCUGGAACAUACUCUGCAGUCGCAGGUCGAGGUGGUUCAUUACGAUGCCGUUGUUUGCGGUACAGGCUAUAAGCGACAAGGCUGGCAAGACCUGCUUUUCGCAGAUCAAACGCUCUCAGAGGCAUCAUCCGGCAGUGUCUCACUGCGCGAACUCUUUGAGGCAGAAUACUUGAGCUCGCCUCUCGGUCAGCAAAGUCAAGGGCAGCAUGCACAGCAAGUCGACCGUGCCAUACGCACCAAAGUCCAAGCUCGCGAUCAGUCUACUUCCAGGAAUUCGGUAUGGUCGUACACCACAGAUGAGAGCAACAGUCCUGCUAUCUUUUCAUCGGGUGCCGAGAGCGAAGCGUCCUCUCCCGGCACGUCGCCCUUGGGCUCGACAGAAUGUCUGCACUGCACCGGAGAGCGACCGACGCGAGCCAAACGCGAUGCGCACGAGAUUCCAUACUUUGGCGUCAGCAGAGACUAUAAGCUUGAGCUACCGACCAGCUUCGCCAUUUGUUGCCGAGAUGAGCAGGAGCACGCUUUCAAACCUACGAUCUGGCUCCAAGGGUCAAAUGAAGCUACGCACGGCAUCAGCGAUACUCUUUUGAGCGUUCUGGCUAUGCGCGCAGGCGAAAUCACCGAGGGCUUGCUCGCGCGUGGCAACUUUUAGAGAAUGCCCAAAAAUCGCAAAAUCACACUUGUACUCUCCCCACAAGCAGUCUGCUUGUACACUCGCCUAGACAUGCAGCGAUCUUUUGCAGUAUGGCGUCAC